AUGUCAAAACGUUCCAAACUCCUCGUCGUUCUCACGUCUCAGGACAUUCUUCCCACGCGAGAAGGGGUCAAGACGGGAUGGUACCUCCCUGAACUUGUGCACCCUUACAAUGUCCUCAGUCCACAUGUGGACAUGGUCUUCGCCUCCCCGAUAGGUGGUGAGGCUCCAAUCGACCCUUACUCAAUCGAAGACUCCAAGAAUGACGAAGAAUGCCAACGGUUUCUGAAUGAGAAAGAAGCAUUGUGGAAAGAUACGGAGUCACUGGAUGCCAUAAUCGACAGGGCUGAUGAGUUCCUCGGUGUUUUCUUUGUUGGCGGUCACGGCCCCAUGUUCGACCUCGCAAAUGACAGCAUUUCCCAUUCGCUGAUCCGAAAGUUCUACGAGUCUGGCAAGAUUGUGUCCGCCGUUUGUCAUGGUCCAGCCGCCCUCGUCAAUGUGAAGCUCUCGGACGGCUCGUAUAUGAUCCAGGGUCAGACUGUCACGGGAUUCUCGAACGCCGAGGAAGACGCCUACGAUUUUACGAGUGCGAUGCCAUUCUUGUUAGAAGAUGCGCUGAAGAACCACGGUGGCAAGUAUGAAAAGGCAGGGCAGCUCUUUGGAGCGAAGGUCGUUAUCAGCGGAAAGCAUUGGAAUUUGGUAACCGGUCAGAAUCCUCCGAGUGCCGCUGUGAUUGGCAAGACCCUGCUGGAGCUCAUCCAGAAACUGUAA